AUGUUUGUUCGUCCUCCUAUCGGCCGGCCCUUUCCCCCCAGAGGAGGCAACAACCAGCCCCCAGAACAACAACAGCCAGAUGGACCGAAAGUAGAAGAUGUUUUUUACCCUGGGCUCCUCGAUGUACUCAAAGUUCGACACAUUUUGUUAUGGAAGGUAAAACCGGAAGGACUUCCAACAGAAGUGGUUGAUAUGAUAGUGGAUGCUGGUGAAUACUGGCCGUCGAACGAGUUCACCAUGGGAGAAAGAAGGGUGAUACGCAAGGAUGUGGACGAGGUACUGCUAUGCACAACACCACUUUGUUAUGAUGAGAAGACGUUGGACACGCCUUUGCCCAAAGUUUUACCGCACAGGACCAUUCACCCUGGUCGCAAAAUACAAUUCUCCAUCGUCUCUCACGACCAAGGUGGCUGGAACGAGUCUCAAAGGUUGCGUGGGAACAAUUCAAAUGUCUACAACGGGUCAUGGACAUGGUUUGAUUCUGAGAUCAUCCACAAGGCGCAUGAAACGCCACAGAAAGAGACCGUGCGGGAAAAGAUGAGCCCUGAAGCCAGGCGCCGUCGACAUUUCGGACCCGAUGAUCCAGACCUUCUCCCAGGACAAAACGCACUACAGAGAAACCGAGCCAGGAUACAACAACCCCAGCGACAUAUAGUGGUCUGGCACUACCUCGAUGACAUUGCAGCUGACUCUCCCGAGUCGGAGGAACUCGAACGGAGCGAGGGGCGAGGACGAAACACCCUUGCUGGGAAACAGGUUCGCGAGUUGGAGCCUGGGGAUUCGAUAAUGGUAUGGGCCCGAGCAAGAUUUCCAGGAUGGAUAAACUAUGUGAACGAGCUGUCUGUGCGAGUGUUCUGGGCUGUAUAA